CUUAAUUGACACUUUACUGCACGCAACCGGCAAAGUCAUCAAGCGACAGCAAACAGGAUUUGCUGACCACUGUAAACUGACCACGAGUUGUAUGCGGACGAAAUUUGAAGUUAUACGCCGUGUUAUUUUUGAAUUUUUUUCAGCUACUUGGGGCAUCUCAAGCUCAACGUUUGCUGUUUGACAGAGAGAAUUCCAUUAAUUGUUAUCUUAAGCUGCCAGAUUCUUCAAGAAGGAAAUUCAGCUUACUCCUUCUCUACAGGAAAAGGUUUGUGUAAUACGCUCGAAUAGUUUCUUAAACGUUCCUUCAGUUAAAUUGGAAUUAACCAUUUUAAGAAUCGCGUGUCUUAACAAGAGACAAUGAAUAAUUAUGAUGAAUUUAUUCCCUAUACGACUCUAACGCAAUGUUAUUGAGAUUGUUGUUUAGCUUGGCUAAAAGCACUCGUUCGUCGCUUAAAUGGUGUUGAGAUAGAGAAUAUUGAUUCAAAUAUCGUCGCUGAAGGGCUUUUUUAUUAUUAUUCGAGAGCAGACAUACACUUAUAUUGAGCCAUGCUGAAAAAUUGACUGAUUUUUACAGUAAGAAGUGCGAUGUUCAGUUUGCAUGAUGCAAUGAAAGUGUCAAAUCGGCAGCAUCGAAUCUGUGUAGAUAAUUGCUUAUUUACAGAGACUUAAACUGCUAUUCAAUUAAUUGAUAGUAAAUGUCAGAGGUAAAUCCAGUAUUUGGAAGACUUCAAUUUUAGCAGAGUUUGUGUUUGUACAAGAACAGCGCGACACAAUCGCGUCAAUAGCUCCAACUCAAACCAUCCAACAGCGCAGAGUCAAUUCAGUAUUCUACAGAAAUAGCUCUGUAGGUACUGAGCUAAGUUGUCAAAUCACUCGCUCCAUUAAAUUAGUGUUUUGAUAAGCUUCAAUGCCUUGCAAUCACACAAACAUUUUUGGGAACAAAAUCCAACACCUUAAUGCAUUGAAACUGCUAAUAGGAUCGACAACGGGCAUUAGAUUUACUGAAUCACGACAAAGACUCGUGGUCAUUACAUCGAUCUUCCAAUGUGACAACAUAACUUUGUCCCAAUCGAGAAACCACCACGGAAAAUUCGUCAAAAUCACUUCCCAUCCAUCAAAGCUACUGCUCUGCUUUACGUCCCCAGAGAUUUCCAUAUUGCCUCUAUCGUUAAGAUUCGUGAUUAGAAACGCGGAGAAGAGUGUAGAAAUAUUUUUUUACCCUCCUCUCCCGUUGAUUUGACUACUAGAUUGCUGUAUUCUUUUGAAUCAUCCUCCAAGGAGAGUUAACAGGAAGCCGGAAACCUUCAUGCUGCUGGUCGAGUUUCAAAACACGAGGCUUGUUCAUUCCGGUCACAAUCUAUUCUCAUUUACUGAAAUUUCACCAAUCUAUCAAAGCGAUAACUAUCGAAAUAUUUUAACGGCGACAAAUAAAAAGAUGGAAAGAACAUCGAAACAAAAACACGACGUUUAGUUUGCUGGUGCGUGGUAGGAUAGCGAAUACGCGCUCUUGGGGAGGAUGUUGUUGUGUUCAUCUGCGGUGCACCAAGACAACGAAUUGGGUCCAUGCGUGUUUUCCUUUAGACACAGCACGGGUGGGAGUCCAAACCGCUUUUCCGUUCCCUCUUCAAUUUGAUUUUUCCUGUGGGAUUCGUGUAGUGCGUGAAGCAUUUUAAGUUAGCUUCAGUGUAAAUAGCAGAUAGUUUAACAUAAUUUUGCUCUUUGAACAAAUUUACAGUUUAUGUCUUAACUUCAGCCGCCAAAUCUCGCAACGGUUUCGUGGAACACAGUUAAUAAUUUUGUUUCAUGGGAAUAACUAAGGGAGCAUAGAAUAGUUUAUUCAACUUCUCUCAGAACUACAGAUGGCAAAUGUCUUCGUUGGACUUGUCGUUUCACAGACAGGUACUAAAACAUCUUGGUAUUGUCUGACUCGAGUUACGCAAAUACAUUCCAUCAGUUUUAAAACCAGUGCAAAAUUUGCUAGUGCUUUAUCUAGUGCUUUUCCUUUUAGCCCGCGAUUCAGAGAAGUUCGAAAGAGACAUUUAAUAGCCGCCUAUUCCACCAUUGCUAUUGCUGGCUGCUUCCCCCUCGCCUGCCUAGUGUCAAGUGGACUGUGAAAGCACUCUGACAAUGUUGUAGAUAGAUUUCAUUUGUGACACGGAAUAUAGAAACCUAAGCAAUUUACUGUCGUAAAUUCUUAUUCUCAGGGAUUCCUUUUCCAUUUGUUAGUUAUGUUGGGAUUUUUUUUCAAUUAGUAGACAGUUAGAUAGAUAAAUGGGCUUACAAGGUACUUCCUUCAUCAACGAGUUGGGAAUUUCUAACUUUCAGGACAACAAAGUCUGUCAGUGUAGAAAUCUAAAAAUGGAAAUGGUAAACAGACAGAUUAUUAUUACUCAAAAUGAAUGGACUUGACUUUACUCUCUCGAUAUCGUGACGAAAGGUACGAAAUCGUGCCAAUUAAAAUCCUCGUAUUUUCCGCGCUUCAACAGAAAUCAUUUAUCAUUACUAAUGGUGGGCGUUAUAAUGAAUUAACCUUUGGUGCGACGAAGACACAAUCUGCAUCUAUUUUAUUUUAUUGUAUUUUAAAUCUCUGACUAACUGCGUUGGAUACACACUGCUUUGUAGGGGAAGAAACCUAUUCUUUUAGGUGUAAAAACAAUGUUUCCUCUGAACAACCAAAAUAGUCAUUUGUAUUAAUUUCUUUACCAGCUAAGGCUCCAGCGAAGGAACCAAUCUCAAAAUUAAAUGGCCCGACACCCACUUUAAGUUUGGGGUAAAUUAAUCUCCUUGUUAGACAAGUUUUUUCCACUUUAUUUUGACACAGUUUAAUGAGAAAGCAGAAGAAUAUCUUUUAAAUAGAAAUGAGACUGUAUCUCAAAAGAGCGAGGAUACUCUUUAAACUGGAGGACUCAUUUUGAAUGCCAUAAUUUGGUUAGAUCAGGUAGUUUUACCUUAGCUGAUUUUGUUGCCCAAAUCAAGUUUUAUCAAUCUCUCGAUGAGUUUGUGAAGUUUCUGCGGAAGAGACGUACUCAGGCUUAAUUUUCUUAUCUGAGGCAUAGACUUUAAUCGAGAGGAGGCCACCUUGUUUGCAAACGUUGAUGGAAAUCGAUUCUUCUGGACUCCGUGACUUUGGUUUCGAGAUGAAUGUAUGGCUGAUUUAGAGCAGCCUCAGGAAACCACAUUAAGAGAUUAGAUAGAAAUUGUUAUGGGACUUCCUUUACGAAGAACUUGAAAGGUUGCAUUGAGAUACAAUUCGUCUUCGGUAACGCCCUGUAAAAGCACAGCACUAGGAAACUUUAUGAGCUAUCUUUAUGUUUAUCCUCCCCCUUCAAAGCAGCUUCAACAAUUUCAAGGAUUCGCAAAUUCCAAUUUGAAAUUCGCAGAAAAAUCGUUCACCAAUGCUCUUUAGAAAUAGAAGAACUUGACGGAUAAUUUUUUUGGCUCGAGAAUGUAUGUGGGAGUGGCAAAUAUUUUAGGAGACAGGUGGUGAUUGUUGGAGAAUGUUUUUAGCCAAAGCUUCGUGAAGUUUGCAAAGUUAAUUUAACACUUACGUAACGUGUUUUUCAAGCUUGAUUUACUGAGAUGGUUGUGCAAUAACGACUGUUAAGAGAGUAAUGAAAUUGCUUUUGAACUCAAUUAAUUCACAGUAGUUUCAAUGCAUCCCAGGAUAAUGUUAUUAUGGGUCCGUGGGAGCUAAAAUAUAUCUUGCGGUUGUGUCCCUUUUUAACGAAGAUCGAUAGCUUCAAAACCGCAGACACAAAACAAGCCAAUUUUUGUCUUCUCAAACAGAUACAAGCUUUGCAUGGUGACCUUUGUAAAUCAGAGACCUUGAUAAUCUCACCACACAAGUUACAUACAUCCCUUAUCUCCAUGAAGAUCGUCUCCUCAAACAAAGCAUUCACACCUGACUUAAGAACUUAAAAGGACACGGAAAGCGAAGUUGAAAUGCCGCUUCAUUCUUGUAUCCAUUUUGACGGUAAUUCUUCAUGUCUGUGGAAGUAUACGGAAUUUUAUUGCAUAAACUUGUGGCAAUGACAUAACAUUUCUUGCAGGUCUGAAAACUAAAACAUACAUCAUUGGAAACAAAAUCCAUUCCGAGCCGGGAAGUUUCAUAAGGCGCUUCUACCCAGCAAAUAUUUCAAAAGUAUUUUCUGUAAACUGGAGGAUCGUAUUUACAUUCUAUUUGCGGCGACACUUUUGUCAGUUAUUUUAGAACUGAUAAUUACUGCAUUUUCUUCAACAGGCGUUACCGCAGCUAAUUUUAAAAUUACCUCUUACCAAGGCUUUUAAAUGUUGUAGCAAACUAAGAACCAAUUACGUAUACGGUAUACUUGUUCAAUUAUCUUUAAACGUUUUAUUCAAGGUAGAAUGGCGUACAUGUAUACAACACGCGAAUAAAGUGGUGAAAGACUUCUGUCAAUAUAUAUAAAAAUAUAUAAAAACUCUUCCUUAUUGAGGUUAAAAAAGGCUCCAGCCGUGUAUAAAUAUCGCAAUUUCCUCGAGUGUCAAUUUAAACAGAAAGAAGAGAGUAGUUUUUGUUCCAUUAUGGGUACAUAUGUAAAAAACGGCUUACUUUUUCAUCUCUUCAUCAUAAGAUUUAUUUGCCACUUGCGUGAUAUUCUUCGUGCACAUUUGAUGGCGCAAACUUCUCUUACGUGCGUUGAUUCCGUGUCACAAUAUAAUUGUGUUGUUUAGAUACGCAGUGUCUCAGCGCCUAUAUUUCCAUUCAAUAAAAUUGCCUUAAACAAGCCUAUUUUGGGGAGAAUUCAGACAGUUGUUCUUGCUGACUUGGUACAUCUUACAUAGAUUUUACGAUGCUUCUGGUAACUUGCUUUUCUCUGUGAAAUUUUUUAAGAAGGAAGGUAACCCUUUCUUUGGCAUUUCCUUUUCUUCUGACGGAUUUAAAAUAGUGCAAUAUUACCGUCGAAAAUUAAACAAGAAGUUACCUGCGGGUUAAUUGCGUAUCAGGAAACAGUUUGCGUGCUUUUGUAAUAAGGACACGAUAGCGUAAAAGGUAGGAGACGUGAAAUAUCGUGUCGCAGUAGAACACUUGAGAGUUUGUGAGAGUACAGUACCUUAUCUGAAGCCGACCUUGACAAGGAUACAGGUAAGAAGAACAUGUCUAACCUGAACUCGAUAAACACUGAAGGCAUUUGGGUGAAACAAUGAUUUGCGAAUGCGAAGAGAAAGUUGCAAGCAAAGAUGUUAUUUUUUGACAAGAUCGUAAGACAAAGAAGACAUUAGAGUCCCUCAAACUUUUAUUUACUUUUGCAAUUUCUUUGUCAUUUUAAAUCACAACAGGCAAAGAUCAUUUCGAAAGGAUACAGUCCAAAUAAUAAUUUGUGUAUGAUGUCAUGCGAAUCUUUCUAACAUGCAAUUCUGAACGAAGCUUUUAAAAAUUGAAAAUACACGAAGCUGAAACUUUAUUGUUUAAGCAUCAAAGUCAUGAGAACUUUGAUGUUAUUAUUACAGUUGAACACUCUGACAAAAGCGCGAUUUUCCGAAAAAGAACCCAAAACUCUUAAAACCCAAAUUGAGGCGGAAAUGAGACCAUGUAGAUAAAGGAAAGUUUCAAUGGACUUUACGAACUUUAUCCUACAGAUAAAAGAUUUCAAUGUUAAUGGAAAUGUAGACAUAAUAAUCCUAGAAAAUUUAAUCCUAAUUCACAAAGCAAAUGCAAAACCAACCAGAAAGAAUACACCUUGUAAGAGCGAAGAUUAAAUUGGCAAAAAUUUCUAUGUAUCGACGGUGGUCUAUUCUGAUUUCUGCAAAGAUUCACUUUUUGAUCUGCAGCGGCCCGUUUCGUGAAAUAUUUCAAACACAAAUGUACAGCAUCUAUCAACUUUGAAUGACAGUUCUGUCCCUUGAUGAAGGAAUGAUGAUAGCAAUAUAUCAAGAAAGACAAAAAUUGUGUCAAAACAUGAGCAAAGGAAGAGUUCACGCAGGGCUUUGUCUGCUCGCAGUCACCUUUAAAUUGUCUACGAUAUUCAUUUUCAAUCCUAAAUAUGCUUCAAGAAUAAAUUUGAUUUACUCAAGAGAGGUGAAUUUUUGGACGAUUUAUGAAGCUUGAUAGAAGAUUGGGAAGGAGAAAUUCAUACACGAAAGAAAAACACAAAAUACCGCUAAAUAAAUGUGGUAGAAACAUUGAAUAUUCGAAAGCCACAAUCAGGCAUGGCAGUUAUGCCCGAUGACAGUAGUAAUUUGCUUAUUGCUCUAAAUGAAACGAAGUCCGCCCCCCCAAUUAGUUGAUUGAAAACACGACUUUUGCGGUAUAGGUUACAGAGCAUGUUUGGGCCGUUCAGGGCCGUUACUACAUAUCUGUCACCGAUCAACCCCUAUAAUCAUUCACAUCCAAAAGAACCAAACAACUGGGAGAGGAAAACUUAACUUUACACCCUAAGCUUAACACGUAUCUUAUAAAUCACCAUGUGACUCAGUUCGACAGCACUUAAACACCCUGACCGCGGAGAUAGACAACACCAGAUAUUGGCCUUUAGUGUAUAAAUCAAUGUCACCUGGUUGCCGUGAUAAGAUCCAUGUCUGCUCGCUUACUGCUCAUCAGGGUCGACGUCGAUAUAUAGCAGAUGAAGCAAGACCCAUACCACACACAUAGACCGAACAAUAACUAUUGAAUACAACAUAUAUUUUCAAAGGACACAAUUGUCCUCGUAAAUACAAAAACUCACAUCGAAGCGAAAUGUUCAUAGUUGAGUGAGCACUUACAAAAACAACGGAACCAGACGUAAAUUUAUUUUGAUGCUAUCGGGGCUCCGUAUCACAUGGGCGUGUUGAUUAUUUGACUCCCAGUAAUUCAAGGCUAUAUAUACUUUGAAUAGAAACAGGGGCCACGUAAUUGAAUGCAUUCCUUUGUACAGUGACUCCUGACAGCUACUCUCAGUUGGUGGUAACAGUGUUAUAGACCAGAACAUAAAUGGCAGUAAUUUUAUAACCACAAGCGUUGUCUGUUUUUUUCUCUUCUCAGUGGAUUGCGGAUUGUGACAAAAUGGCGGGCUAUUUCGGUCAUGUCGGAGGACAUGUGCCUCCGUAUUCGGUGGGAAGCCACGGAUUGAGUCAUCCUGCACCGAACAUCGAUUUCUUCAGCCAAAUGGCUCCUCCACCGUGUGGUAAGUUCUUUUCUAAAUACACAAUAAAGCCAAUUACAGGCUCUAUAGUUUCAUAAAUGGAGGGCAAGCCAAGGGUUGCCGCUUUUAAUUUGAGCUUCCUAACCGGCUAUUUAUCCUUGUAACGUAACAAAGUCUCGUGCUGUAGAUCAGUCUAUGCGCUAGACUCCAUGUUCCCAAACAAUCUGAAACAAAACAACAGCGGAUUGCUAUUAAAAAAAGUAGGCUGCCAUCGUGUGAAGGUCAUGAGAUCGACUCGUUUGCUGUUAAUACAGCACAUUUGCAAUCUUCACUUUUGUAAAAGGCGCGUUGAAAUCCUCUAGUUUGUAAAUUAAGAACAUCUUCUCAGACCAGUCCGAAAAUAUGAAAAACUAUAUAAUUUGAGCUUGCUUUGUAUUUGAGUAGUACGAGGCCGGCCAUUUGCUCGCUUCGGUGAAGAGCACUUGAUGCUUGUACGUAGGCAUGUUGAAGCAUGAUUGCUUGUGUUGAAGUUCGCUUUUCAACCUCACGGCAUUAUCGUAAAAUGCAGUCAUAUUUCAAGUAAAAACAAUGAUUUCUAUGUAAAGAUUUCCCUUAAAAGUGUUGUUUAAACAGUGCAUGUUUUGUUAAAUAAUUACACAUCGUUAAAGGCUUAAUAAAUCAUCAUCCCCUUUUAGCAGUACUGUGGUGUGAAAUCUGUCAUGAACCUUCAAGAUGACAGAAUCUAACCAGAAUACAGGAAAAACUUUUCACUAUAUUGGGCAGUUUUUAUUUGAACUUGGAACAAAGCCUCGUUUGAGAAGAAAGCCAUAACAUCCGAUUGCAUAGAAUCUGUUGAGAUAACUUUAUGAAACGUUCGUUUGCGGUUUCUCUGAGGUUUCGACGCGGGGCUGCUUAUGUUAUGCAUCUCUCGAUAGCAAGACUCACAGUUGUGUUCUUUUCAGCUUUAAAAGCUCUACCCUAAUCUACCGCUAUAAGCAAGUUAAUGGAGAGUUUAAGAAAAGACUACAGAACUCCAGGAUUCCCCAAGAAGAUCCUGCCUUGUCAGUGUGCCUUUAUUUUAAAAACAUGUCUUUCUUCGAAGUUGUUUUCAACUGUCAACCCACGCUAGUUAGUCUCUGACCACUUAUUCUGAGAUGAUAUACAGAUAAAACUAAAUUAGAAAUAGUAGACAAAAUAUCCUACUUUUUCCCUCUAAAAUAGUAGCACAACAGUCGACACAAUUCUUUCGCUUCAGAAUUUCUUCGUUUUCUCGAUUCUUGAUAUCAAAUUAGGAAAGAUCCAUAGGCAUCCAUCUUGUGGCCAAUGUAUACACUCUGGGUAAAACGGAAUGACACAAUAACCUAGGUUAGUAAAAGUUUACCAACGGUGGAUCGAUAUAAUUUAACUUCAUGAGUCAUAUUUUGCAUUACGGUGGUAGUUUUGAUAAUUAUAGCUAUGGCUGUUACCCUAUACUGUUAACUCUCGUUUUCGAUCAAAAAUCAAUAAUAUGUGCAAGGCAAAUUGGAAUUCACUGACUUUCGCAGCCUCGUUCAGUAAAUCAGUUAUUUUGUUUCUUUGAGUGUUCCCCUGAAAUUUGAAAGUUUACCACCAAUUAUUUAGCCAAUUUAUUUUGUUUUCGAUUAAAGUUUUAAAUUUUCUCCUGGUGAGCGCUUUCCUUGGUAAAAAAACUUGGCUCACAUUGAAUUCUUCCGACUUGGAAAUGAAAGUACGAGGAUUCGAGUGAAUCAAUCAAGCUUUUUAUUUAUUCACAAUGGCCGUUACACUGAAGAAUGAGUAUUCGAGUAAAUUAAGCUUGUUUAGUAUUUCGAAAUGCCAUUGUUAAUAAGAGAUGGUGAUAAAUUUUAUUAGGAAUGGAAGUGUGAAGUGGAAGCAAAAAUAAGAUUUCCUCUGGUGGAGCUAGGGCCACGAUAAUUUUGUCCCGCGUUGAACUGAAGAAGAAUAACACAAUUUGUCGGCAAAGUCAAUCUCAACUUCGAAAUAUUUAUUCAGCUACGCUUACAUACAUUUUUGGGAAUCUAAGAAAUAGGAAAAUUUGAGUUUUUCUGUGUAAAAGUGGACGUGAAAUGGGCAACUUCUGAACUAAAUUGUCGUCAAAAUGGUUUAAUAUCAUGAGGUACUUGAGCUUCUUUUGAAUAUCGCGAAACUCUUUGAAGUUGAAAGGUGGGUGUUCGCUCACGGAAACUUAACGAUUAAUUAAAUUCGCCUUUGCAAUUUCUCAGAGAGAAAUGCGUACUUGAGCCGAGUAGUUGGCAAAUUAUUACGCAAACUGGGGCGAGGUCGUGUUAUUAAGACGUUCCCUGUUUAUUCGUCUCGAAUGGUAACUGUGGGAUUUGUUUAAUUGGUUCUGCACAUUCUUUCGCUUUUUAUCUCCUUAUUUCCCUUCACAACACACAAACAACAAGUUAAGACUUUUAACGAGCUGUAAUUCCGUGGCUAAACUCUUUCGUUUUCCAUGCAAAUAUUCCUUCACCUUGGUUUUUCUCCAUAUGAAUCGCCAGGGGCGGUAUUCGUGGUGGUGUUAUUGGUAUGUUCCCUAAAUCUUUUACGUGCUUAAGUGCGAAACAAGAGUCAAGAGCAUUAGAAAGGGACUGCACGCAAUGAUAGAAGUAACCAUUGUGUUCUGUUAACCGUAUUACAAGUAAAUAAUGACAAGCAAAAGUAUGUAAAUUGAAAUAGGUUUACAGAUACUUAUGAUUUCAUUUUAGGAAAGUUUAACCAGAGUCAUUUGAAAUAGAAUACUUCUAAUACUUGGUUGUUUUCAUUUGAAUUAACUCUCAUCUGUUGUUGUUUUGCACUGAUACACUACUCUAUCAAGUUUUUAUUCUUCUUUUGGUUUUUAAAGAGAAAACUCGGUUUAAUUAAAUGAUCCAUUUGAUUACCAUUUUGACAAAGACUCUUUCUUCGUUGUUGUAAGUUUUCGUAAACGUACAAUAUUGGUCGUGUCAUAGCUUGGUUUCACAGUUUAUCAAACCCCUCUGAUAGAGUUAUUAAGCUAUUGAUCAAGGUGACUUCAUUUCCUCUUUUCUAUGGUUAGCAAAACAUGUAUUGUUUGUGAACCUAGCAUGCCUUCGCUGCAGUUGAUCUUAUUUUUCACAAACACAACUUCUCCUGAGUCCUUUUUGGACAAACAGAGAACCUGUGGUUUAUAACGUACAAAGCAGAGCGCCUCUGGUGACAUAAACGUCUCACUAUCGUGAAAGACGAAAAUUGAUACGGACCAUGGCCAUUCAUACUUGUUAAAUUUUUUCCUCGGAGUUUCUCGCUUCUCACAACCAUGGAUUUAAAGUUCGGCAGAAGUAAGAAUCAUAAAUCUGGUUGUAAAACUUACAUUAAACAUUCUAGAACGCCGACUUCUGUCAUCAUAAAAUUCCACAUGUUUGUUCAGCGUCAGCGAAACAGUAGGCACAGGAUACGUUUGUAAACAAUGGCUGACCACUGUUGCCCACAAUAUUCCGCGUAGGCAUGCGCAGCAGGAGGAAUGCUUCAGGUUUGGGUCGUGCGCAUGACUGAAUAAUUCAUUUAUUGCGUGAAGCGUCGCACUAAGACACAGUAGGCAGCAUCUCAGUGACACACAACGCGCUUUGUUGAUAUUGUAUCAUCUAUUUUUAGUAGAAGCUCGCAACAGCAAAAGUGAUAAUAAAAAUGCACUUACAUCAUUUUCGCUUCAGUGAAGAAGUCACACAUUAGUUAGGAAAUUCACGCAGUUUGAGAAAUACCGUUUUCAUUCAGAUCCGUACUCGAAAUCCAAUGGCAUACUCUAUGCAACGGCAGGAACAGAUAGAGACGAAACGCUUGCCUGACUUAAGGCAGUAUUUUAGAUCUUGAUUUGCUUGCUAAGUAAUACUUUGUUGCAGAAAAAAACUGAUCUACCACUGAUUGUCACCAGGAGCUCAUUAAUGUUGUCUUUGAAUUUAUCGAGCUGUGUGCGGUGUAGAUAUAUCUGGUCGCGAAAACCGAAUAAUAAUAAGUUAAAGCAAGAAGUUAUCGUAUGCAACGGUAACAGCACCAAAAACAAUGAAUGAACCGCUUUUUCUUUUCACUCCUCACUGAAAUAGUGUCAAUAUUUAAGAAAGACCAGAUUGUCGCAUAAAAAAUACCAUUGAAGGCUUGACCAUUAAAAAUACUGUAUAUGGAAAUAUCUUUUCAAACUGGGUAAGCUUCAUUCCUCCUACAUUCCUCCUGCGUCAAAAAACAUCAACUUAUCGAGAUGAAAAAUGGGGCAUCGCGGUAAUGUCAUAAAAGCUGCUCAGUCCACACUAAAUGUUGAAUAAAGUGUGCUAAAAUUCAUUUUGCACAUGCAGGGUGCUAAUUAAGGGUUUACUCGAUGCAACGAGUGGAAGCUUAGAAUUAAUCCUGUGCAAAAGUCAGAGUUUCAGUUUCCUGUCAACAGCGUUUAACAUUGUAAAGCUGUGAUAAGUAAAAAUAUCCAUUGGUGCAAAUUGAGAAGCUGUGAGAAAGACAUCCUAGCUGGUGUCCUUGAAUUUUUGUAAUUUCCAAGUAUAGUGGUUAAUUUGAUUAUACAGCAAAAUAAUGCCUCUUGUAUUCAUCUGACAUAACCUCCUAAUCCUUUCGCAAAAAUGUGUGAAUUCUUUGCCAUUGCUAAAGUACUUCCAUUACCAUUCUAUUUGUGGGAGGUUUGUCGCUACCACGGAUUAUUUCCCCUUUACUGAUAAUGUUGUAUGUUCUCAUAACAUGUUUAUUUAAAACAGUUUUAUUUUGGAAGGAGAAUUUACGUAAUGUUGUUUUUGCUUCUCUCAUACAGCGCACCCGAGAAAACAGCGUCGAGAGAGAACGACUUUCACCAAGGCCCAACUGGAAAUCCUAGAAGAGUUAUUUAGCAAAACAAAAUAUCCCGACAUUUUCAUGAGGGAAGAAGUCGCAAUGAAAAUAAGCCUUCCAGAAAGCAGAGUGCAGGUAUUUUGUUUUCCUUUUAUUCAUAUAUUUUUCCAUGAGCAAAAGGUAGAGAUGUAAGGGAAGGGUGGCAUGUAAAUUUAGAAACACCCUCCGUUUAGUUAGCGCAAGUAAUUUCCACGCCCUAAUCUCCCAAGAUAGCCUUUUUGGGGGAUUGGAGUGGAGAGACCGCUGACAAGCUGACACCUGGGUCCCGCCCUAGUAAUAAACACAUCUGUAAAUUACUCUUUGUAUGCCUUGCAGAUGUACAGACAACUGAAAAUUGAGGGAUGUAUUAAAGUUGCGUAUUUUGUAGAGGUCUUACGAUUAUUCAGUUUAUCAAAUUCAAGAUUAUCAGUACGUAUUUGCUUCAAACACAGAUACAGGAAAGAAACAUUCACAGUGGCUACAUUUAGCUCCCGACAUUGUGUGUAAUUUUUUAAUUUACCGUAAUAAUUUGCAUGCGGCUUCAAUGCAUGUUUUUAGUAUGACGUAUUUCAACUCUCAAAAUGUUUCCUUCAUAAAAAAAAAUAACAACAACGAAAAGAACUCCAUUUCUGUUUACAUUUACGAUAUUUGAAUGAGAGACUAUAUUGAUAGAGCAUCAGCAUUGAUCACUUCUUGUUUAGAAGAGUGGAAUCCAUCUCAAGCUGGAUAUUUUUCUUUUAUCCGUUUUACAAUAUCAGCCAUGAUGUGAUGAAAUAUUGGCCUCACUGGUAUAUUUCAGCGAAUACAAGAUAGAAGACAUUAAUUUCUUCUAUAUUUGCUCAUCAGCGUGCUUCUUAAAUAAAUCUAAAAUCACGAGAAGAAAAUUUCUAUCAGUUUGUGUCAGGGACUGGGUAUGUGAAGCUGGUUGUAAAGUUAAUUCACAUUUCAUGAAAAUAAUGAUCCUUUCGAAUUACGGAUGCAGAGAAGGAGAAUCGUAUCAUGUCUUUUUUUUUCUUGUUGUCAAAGCUGGCUACCCUUCCAGACUUUGACAUGUUAAAAAUCACCGUUUAACAGUUUGAGGUUAUCUUAGUGACUGCAUGCCUCAACACAAUAAUAUAAUAACACAAGGCAAAAGAGACCAUAAAAGUUUUAAUACAGAAACGAUUAAGAAAUAGGUAAGAGAAGGUAAUUAUACAUAGUGACUAGUUGUUAACUAAUCAUUCUGCGAGUUCUUGAAAUUCCAUAAGAUGGUAGAAGCAAUCUUUUACGAUUUUUAUGUUUUUUUUUUAUAGCUUUUAUCAAUGUUUCAUGAUAAUCUAGCUAUAAUGGAGGGUCAAUUUCAUCUCUGAUGUUUCUCAAGGCCGUAAAUAUCAGGUCUUCCCGCACACUAGCCCGUGCAUUUUUAAACUGUUCACCGUCAAAAUUUACGGUAAUUUGGGGCAUGGGAAAUUUUACUUGUUUGCCAUAAAAGGAGCCGACGAUUCAAAUUUCAUUUAUUCAAGGUAUCUUUGGGUGUUGCUUUUACAACGUACCUCUGUAUACAUUCGAUAUGUUUCAUUGAGUUUCCAGGCGUACAAAAGACACUGGUUCAUAUUGAUUGUCGUGAGUUAAUAACGAAGAUAAUUCCUCUACACGUCUUCCUUAUCAUCAAAAAACGGCUUUAGAUGGUUUUUGACCCGUUAUCAUUGCCUCUUUACAGUAAUUGUGUUACACCUUAUUCAAAGAAAAAAAUUACGUGGAGUAACAUGACAUUUUGGUUAAAAAAAUGACAAAUGCUACAUUUUUUCCAUAGUUACAUCGUUUUAUUUUUUUUGAAGGUAUACCUUUUCUAUUAGUUUAUGUAACCAUUUUUUUUUUCUGCGAGGUUGCUCCAGGAUGCCAUCAUGAUUCGUCACUAUAUAUUUAGCUAACAGUCUUAAAAUAGAUCUCUCUUUGUGUUUGUCUCUCCAGGGGCUCAAAACAAAAAAAGACAACACCCUAACCUUGGUUUUUGAUGCAUUUUUAAAGUCGAUCUCAGGAAAUACCAUUCCGUAAUUCCUCAUAAAACAAAUGGGCAAAGGAAACACAACAUUAAAAUUUAAAGUAGCAAUGUGGUUUCGAAGAUAUAUACCUGCUCUGAAUAGCCGACACACAAAGGAACACUUGUUAUUUUUUUGCUUUUUGCUUCAAGUAAUGGAAGUAGAAAAUUGAUCUUAAGCUGCUAAAUUAGCUUAACGGAGACAAAAGAGGCAAUAUGUUUCCGAAGAUAUGUAGUUGUGCUUGAUGCUUGAUAUCUUAUAAACAAAGGAAUACUUUUGAUUUUUUUUUGUAUGUCAUAGAAGAAUGGAAAUUGAUCUUAGUCCCUAAAUUAGCUUAAAGGAACAAGAAGUUUUUUAUCAAUUGUGAUCUAACAGCGAGGAUUACUUUCAACAAAGACUUUUGGCGAUAAAAACUGUCUGGCCUUAACAGUCACGGAAUUUCAAGUCACGAAUUCGGGUUUAAUUUUCCGGGAUAAAAUGUCUUGAGAGAUUUCUGAUGAUAAAACAAUACCAACAUCGUUGGAUGCAUCAGUAAUUGUUGAAUGCAUUAUAAAACACUAGUUUUCUCAAACUUUAUCCUAAAAUAUUUCUUAUAUUGUAUAUCUUUUCAUUUCCUUGAAUGAAGAAGGUUUAGAAUUUGAAAGUCGUGAUAUGAUACAGGAAUGUUUUCCAUACGAAGACGAGCUGUCGUUGCUAACAGGAAUAUCAGAAAAAUAGGUUAUCGUUGGUCUUUAUGUUGGAUGUGUUCCUAGCGAUCACUUUGUGAGGGCUGGAUACUUUGCUCUCAAAAAAUGUUAACAAUAAGCUGUUCUUUCAUUUAUCGCAGUUAAUUGUGAUACUUGGGGAGAUACUAACUGUUAGACUCUGCGUGAAUUUAGAGUAUGACCAUUCUAAUGAAAGCAAAAGAGAAUUUCUUCCUUGUGGCAUUGGUUUCUUGUAUAAAGGGCUAGUUUCGCCUCUGAUCCUUAAAGCUUUUCAUAUACACUUUUUGGCAAACAAAUGACGAGAAGAGACAAGAUCAUUAGCUUGAGACUCAAAACCAAAUUCUCCUAACUAAUCUAAGAGAAAAAUUGAAGCAUCUGGAAGGGAGCGCGCUUUUCGAGGACAACGGAAGCAGUAACACACAAUUUUCACUUAGGGACUCGUUGCUUCUCGCCAGACAAAAACAUUUUAUAAAACCCUUAAUCCCAGUUGUGGGGUAAAUCCCGUAUCACCGGUCUGGAUAAUCCACAAAGGAACGAAGACAUAUUCCAGCGAAAAUGCGAUCAGGAUAUCAGUGAUAGAGCGAAAGAUAAGGCAUGUUGACAGGUACCAACCUUGGCAGCCUGGGUACGAGGUUAAACAGGUGUAAGAUCUGGAUAAGCACUCGGAGAUUCCACUUUGAUUUUUGUUUUUCGCCUUUUAUGAGAGAAAAGUUAUUCACCGCAAGAAUUUGCCGUGGUUACCCAACAGGAUAUCUUGUAUUGGUUAAUUACGGCUAAAAAUAAAACUGUCUUAUUUGUGCAUCAGCAACUGAGGUGCAGUCAGAGAUAUGCCAUACAAUUGAAAAUACAUUCAAACAUAAUGAUUGAGCCAACUCCUUAUCCUUGCCUGACUCAUCGACAGUCGACAGCGUACAAAUGAUACCAUUUUUGUCUUUUAAUUCUUUAAACUUUACAUUAGGUUUGGUUCUUUUUUGUUCAUCGCGUAUUAUUCGUAUCUUCAAUUUUUCGGGAAAGCGAAUUUCAGCCUUUUCUCUGACUAUGCUUUGGCCAUAGAUUUCUUGGAGAAGGCGACAAAUUUCAUUUACACCACACCAAAGGUAACCGUGCCACCCUAACCCAUACCAGAAUCGUUAUGCGAGAGAAAAGACUAGUAGUGAACAUUCUUUUACUACAAUGGGCUUUAUCACAACAACUGGAGACAUUUUUAAAAUGACAGAGAACCUUGAAUUUAAUAAAAUUAUGAAAUGACAUUACUAAGAUAACCAAACAUGAAAAGAGUAAGAUGACACCAAAAAGGACCAAGCAUGCAUCAAAAUUACAAAGAUUUACCCCCUUUACUCUCCAUUACUAAUUAUAUUCUCCACACUGGCAUCUUAACAUUUUCUACGUUACCAGCAAGGAGAAUUUGAUCGAUAAUCUGAAGCUUUUUGAAUUGGUGAUCAUUUCCUUUAUUUUUAUGACCUUAAUAUUUGGUUCAAAGGUGAUUUUGUAAGGUGAAAUUGGAAGCCAGUCACUCUUUAGGGAUACAUAUUAAACAAGGAUUUUAUAUGAACUGAAUGAUCAGAGGUCAAAUUGCGACGUGCUUCUGCAUUAGCUGAGGUCAAUAUGUAUUUUCUCCUAAGCAUUUUAAUACAUUUUCUACAAGUGUGUUAAUGAGAAUUACUUUGCUUGUUGGCUUUAAGGUAUUAUUGUAAUAGGACACUUCUUACUGUUAACUGGUAUGGUAAGUUAACUGGAUAGGUUUGAAGUAGAUAGUGGGGGUUAAAUCGUAACCCAAAGCAAAAUGUUUUAGAACUCAUUUUCUGUAAGCAUUGUGAUCAAACUCAGUGUACUAAUUGCACUUUUCACCGAUUUAGGUUUGGUUCAAAAACAGAAGAGCGAAAUGUCGCCAACUGGACAAAGCUGCGGAAAAUAAACGAAAACUCGAGAAGAAAUCACCUCCAGGAACAAUUCCGACGUCCAAAAUUGAACAAAAGAAAUCAAGUCCUUCUCCAUACCAGCUCCCCAGCUGCAGCGCAAAUAUAAAUAACAUGUGGAAUGGGCCAGCAUCUACCCCGCUAACACACAGUCAAAAUUACCCCACCCCUCCCGUGUUAACAAACAAUUCCGGUCCGGUGUUUAUGCCUCCCCCACACCCUCCCCCUGCACCGGCACCCCCGCCAUAUUAUCGUCCGAACUCUGACUGUUCAUACAUGUCGGCGUCACCUUACAUGCAUAUGAAUAGACCUGGCGAGCAAGCGUACCCACCGACUCAUAUGUAA